AUCGGUGACCUACAGGAAGUGGUUUCUGGGGAGGAUUGUCCCGGCUGGAGUAGUGUCGUUCCUUGAGAAGCUGCUUCGCGGAUUUGUGCGGCUGGGAAGCGAUCCUGUUUAAAAGCGCCAAAGGCAAAGCAAUUAUCAUUUGUUAAGAAGAUAUGGAUGGAGAAGAGAAAACAUAUGGUGGGUGUGAAGGCCCUGAUGCUAUGUAUGUGAAGUUGAUAUCUUCUGAUGGCCACGAAUUCAUUGUUAAACGGGAGCAUGCACUCACAUCAGGAACAAUAAAGGCAAUGUUGAGUGGCCCAGGCCAGUUUGCUGAAAAUGAAACAAAUGAAGUGAACUUCAGAGAGAUUCCUUCUCACGUCUUAUCUAAAGUAUGCAUGUAUUUCACCUAUAAGGUUCGCUACACUAACAGCUCCACAGAGAUUCCUGAAUUUCCAAUUGCACCUGAGAUUGCACUGGAACUGCUGAUGGCUGCAAACUUCUUAGAUUGUUAAAUAGAAUAAAUUAUAAUAAAAAUGUAAACCACCCCCUUCCCCUCCAGUAUUUAAUACAUAUGUUUAGUUAGCAACUUUUUCGUAUAGCAUGUUUUAUAUGUUUGGCCAAGAACUGUACUCAUCACUGUGGAGGAUAUUUCUCACAGUGGUUUUGCAUAGGCAUCAUUCAUGCUCAGAUUUUGUUUUGCUGCUUACACAAGUACGGACUUCUUACCAAUUGAUAAAUAAACAUGCCAAGUUAUGCAUGACCUUUGCCUUAUCCUUCAGCAAAAAAAAUUAAUGUUAUCAACGCUAUGAAUUUGCUGAAAUUACUUCUUUCUGAGAACAGAUCACAGUUAAAGACGGAGUCCUCUCUGGGGAUGAAUCCAACUUCACUCAUUUGGAAAGCUCAGUAUUGGAUAUGCUACAAAUGUGCAAAUGUGCUGGGGGGUUGGAAUUUUAUGUUAGCAUAUUCUCAGAUUGUGCUAAUAAUAAAAUGAAUUUAUGUUAUAAUUGUAAAUAUGUUAUAUAGCUAUGCUUAUAACAUAUUUGUUGCAAUACUCUACUGCAUUUAGUUUGUAUGUUUAAACUAUUGGCAGGCAUUAUUACAUUUACAUAGUAAU